AUGAGAUAUAAUUCUACCAGUUUUAAAAAAUGUGGAGGUAUUAAAAUUCCUAAAAAUGACAGAAUUAAGGGAAAAGACUCUGAUUUACAUAUAUAUGUAUAAUUUUUAUAUGAUCCAUAAUAAGAAUAUUUAGCAAAUGCUGGUUGGUGUUAAUUUUUGGACAUUCUAGGACCUACUCACGGUGAUGUUAACUUUAAUUUAAGUAGUUUAUAAGGCAAAAAAUGGGAUGAUCCAAUUGAAUUCAAUAAUUUAAUCGAAAUAGUUAUACAUGAAAUAACUCAUAUUUUGGGUUUUAGUUAUACAGAUAUACCAAGAUGGGUUACUACUGAUAAAACUCCUCAUAUUAAACCUACUUUCAAAAAAAACUUAAGGGGAAUCGAUACUUUAUUUCUCAGAACUCCUAAAGUUUUGGAGUUUGCUCGAUAAUAUUUUAAUUGUCCUACCUUAGAUGGUAUGCCUCUUGAAAAUAUAGGAGAUGAUGGUUCUGUAGGAUCUCAUUGGAAAAGCACAGUCAUCGAAAACGAAUACAUGAAUGCAUCUGUAUCAAAUACUUAAGCCUAUUAUAGUGGUUUUACAGCGAAUCUUUUGAGAGACACAGGUUUCUAUGAUGAAAUAAAUGAAUCUAUGGUAGAAAAAAUAUUCUAUGGAUAAGGAGUAGGUUGUCAACACAUCACUGGUUAAUGUGAUUCUAACAGAAGAGAAUAUUGUGAACCUGAAAUCGAUGAUUAAUUAUGUGAUUAUUACCAUCUUGGAGCUUCAGAAUGUUCUAAAGCAUAACAGGAGAAUGUUAUAAAUAUGAAUGUAAAUCUAACGGAUAAUAAGUGA